GGAUUUGAAAUUUACCAUCAGGAGGGAAGGGGCGGGGAAGAGAGAGAGAAUAAAGGAUUUCUUUCUUUGCCUUUCUUAAGUUUUGUUUGGAGCCGAGCUGGAAGGUAGGCGUCCUUGCUCGCUCAGCUUGACGUUACGGGACGCCUGCAGCUUAUUCGUUUUAGGUUUGUGUGUGGUUCCCGCAGGCGAAAUCUCGAUAAACUUGUGUGAAGAUAAGGACUAGAAGGAUGUCUGGGAGGGUCUGCAUAGUACGGACCAUCUGCAAGCCCCUGAUGCAAUCCCUUUUUGCCAUUGCCAUGUUGCUGUCUCUUGCACACGUGGAUAUAAUCAAUGCCCAACACCACCGGAGUGAGUCUUGGCGAGAGAAACAUGUGGAAUCUGACUUUCUGUCCCAAACAACUCGUACUGUAAGGACGACUGUGGAGGGUUUGAUUGGAAAACACAACUUCAAAAUGUUGAGUGAGAAUAUCUCUUCCCUGUUCUGGAUAGUGUCCUCUGGGAUCUCUUCUGCUUUAUUUGUUGUGGCUCGAAUAGUAGGGCAGUUCCUUACUUCCUUUGGAAUGGCUGGGGACCAUUUGACUCAGUUCCUUAAGAUGAGACCUGAGGAGGUCCAGACACUGCUGCUCUGGGGCCUGACUGCUCUGAUUGGCUACUGGGUGCUGUCAUUGCUGCUGAGUCUCAUACUGGCUGUCUUGAGUCGCAUCAUGUGGGGCCUCAAGGUGGUCCUCUUUGGGGCUUGCUUUAUGUUCAUAGUCUCUGCAGUACCUGACCGCUCUGUGCAGGUGUUGCUUAUGUUGGCCUUGCUCACGCUGUAUGUCCUCCUGGGCUGGCUGAGUGGAUCGCAUCACUCAGGAGCACGUCUGGAAGCCAAAGUUCGCAGCUUGGAGCGCCAGGUGGAGGAGCUACGCAGGCAAAGGCGCUCUCCCAAGCACCUUGGUGAUGAGUGAGGUUCUCAUGAACCAGUAACGUCCAUGUACCUUUCCUAAGAAGCAGUUACUCUGUUCUUCAUGUAUCCCAUGACUUCAUCCUAGACUGUAGAUGCACUUGUGUAUCUCUAUACCCACAACUAUGCAGGAACAUGUAAAUCAUAAAGGCAGCUGAUGCACAGAAGCUUGAAUAUAUCUGAGAUAACAUUGCCUUCUAAUUGAUGGCAGCAGCAGCAGCCUGUUCAUAAGAUCUUUCCCGAUCCUUGUCUUUCAUCUUGUUUGUUUAUCUCGGAUGUCCUCCUCCUUAUGCAGUGCUGGCCAACUUUGGUGUGUCCAGAAGCUAGUUUACAAACUUGCUCUAACCCACUGCAAGCCACACAUGCACCACUUCAUCCAAGUGGCUUUGUAAAGGCACAUGCCUCAAAAAUCACAAUGCUGUUCACUCUUUUUUUCCUAGAGUCUAAGAUUUAGACCAGCUUUCUCCUGUUUCCUCAUUCAGCCCAGGGCACACCAUUUUGUCUCUUUGUGUAUGGUAGGCCUGGUGAUGUAUGUGUGAUCGUUUUUAGAAAGAAAAGUUUGUUUUUCUCCUACCAUGCUGCAUAUACAAGGAUAGGAAAAUUUGAUGUUUCAUCCUAAGGUUCACCCUGAGGAUCUCAGGCUUGAAUGCCAUAUAACCAUGCCAAUCUAUAUAUUUGACAGGGCAAUCAAGUAUGUCUCCGAAUACUAAGAAGGAUGGCUAUGGUUGUGGUAGUCACAUAUGUCCUACCUCCCUGCAAGCCAAAGAUGCCAUUUAAAAUAAAGGCCAUGCUGUUUUCUUAUGUAGGCUGCUUUUGCAUGAGACAAUUAAGUGAUGCCAUGACAGGCGGAGUUCACCUACCUGUCCCACAUGAAAUAAGCCAUAAAUCAGCGACAAAGCGAAUGUAUACACAACUCUUUCAUCCAGAUAGAAUUUGUGCCACUAGCCAAUAGAAUAACAAACCCUGUUUCAGGGGGAAAGCAUAAAUUGCUUGGUGGUAUGAGACUCCUAUUGGUUGCCAAAUAUAUUUUUUAAGCUCUCAGUUUUAAAGAAAUUUUGUAUUUUCUUUCGAUCUUCCAAAUAAAGGCUAUUUAAUCAUUCUA